CAAAGGAAAAAAGUUCGACCUUUUCGCUUUCAGGUCUGAACACUUGCUGGUAAGAUGAAUUUCUUCGUUCCAAUCUGUUGAUGCAAGAAGUAGAGACCACAUUGAGACGCAGCAGAUCACAGCGAGCUGUUUCAUUGGAUGGCGAGUUGGUUUCGAGUUGCGACGAUGUCAAAGCCAAGCAUGGCGACGGUGUCCUUUGGCCCGCAGUCCGAGGGUUUGAACUCAGUCCUCACUUUUGCUUCUUUUCUGGCCUUCUGUGGUCGGAUCUGAUCCUGGGCAUAGUUGAUUGGGCCGCAGCCUCAUGAAGACCGGGAUGUGAUGAGCAGCAAGGAGCGACUGGGUUUCCACGUUUGAAGAAUGUGCAUAUGCCAGCCAAACCAACCAGCAUUUUGAUGAAGCAAACCCAUUGAACUCUGAUGAUCCGGAUUCAGGAUUCAAAAAGCUCUUGUGAGGGCUCUGCCAAGGCCCGGAGGAGUGCCUCGGCGUCCCAAGGAGCUCCAGUCGAAGCUCGGGCGAAGCCGCAGCGACCGAGCACCGCAGAGUCCACCAGCAGCGCUCGGAGGGUCUCGGCUCCAGCCACGGUGAUCGUGGCAGAGCAUCAGCUGGGGAAGCGAGUGAAAGUCCUGGCGGCCGAGAAGUGGCACUUUGGCACUGUUAGAUUCAAUGGAACCACUAGCUUUGCGACUGGAUCUUGGAUCGGCGUCGAGCUGGACGAUGCUGUAGGAAAGAACGAUGGCACAGUGCAGGAGGUGACGUAUUUCACGUGCGCCGCGAAGCAUGGGCUCUUCUGCCGCCCCACCCACGUCCAUUCGGACGAGCCGGCCGUCCCGAAGCCGAAGCCGGCGGUGAAAGAGACCAAGGUGGUCAAGGAGACCAAGAUGGUCGUCAAGGAGGCAGACAGAGCUCAACUGGCUGAAUGCAAAACCAUCACCGAUGCCACCAGGGCUGGACUGCUCCGGGCGGUCCAGCGUUUCUUCCACGACGACCCAGCUGCCGUCCGAAGUGCGGACGAGAAUGGCCGAACAGCGCAUUUUGCCACGCUCAAUCGCGGGAAUAUCGUCAAGGAGCUUCUUGCUGCCAGGGCAGCACAGGUGGCUGACCAUGACGGUGAAACGCCUUUGCAGAAAUCGUUCAACAGCUGCUAGCGGCCCGCAGGGACGGAGGAAAACAAGAAUCGCCGAACCCCCUUUGGAUUACGCUCAGAUGAAGGGCUGCAAGGA